UCCAGUGGCGGCGGCGGCGGCGGCGCUGGUGGGAAACAAAGAGCGAAGCAAGAAGGCGGCGACGGCGGCGGCGUUGGCGCUGCGGCAGCCGGGGGGGGACUGGUAUGGUGGUUUCACAGGUAGAAGCCCGCUGCACUCACAGGGAGGCGGAGGAGGGCGGCGAACCCCGAAAGGCAUGCCCAAAGAAAAGUACGGCCCUCCAGACCCUCGGAGGAUGUACACAAUUAUGUCCACAGAAGAAGCAGCCAACGGCAAGAAAUCUCACUGGGCAGAGCUGGAGAUCAGCGGAAAAGUCAGAAGCUUAAGUGCAUCCCUGUGGUCACUGACCCACCUGACGGCUUUGCAUCUCAGCGACAAUUCCCUGUCCCGAAUCCCUUCAGACAUUGCCAAGCUUCACAACCUGGUGUAUCUGGACCUGUCCUCUAAUAAAAUCCGCAGUUUACCAGCUGAGCUCGGAAGCAUGGUGUCACUCAGGGAACUCCAUUUAAAUAACAACCUGUUACGAGUUCUACCUUUUGAGCUGGGGAAACUGUUUCAGUUGCAGACCUUAGGUCUAAAAGGAAAUCCACUUUCGCAAGAUAUAUUGAACCUUUAUCAGGAACCAGAUGGAACAAGAAGGCUACUGAAUUAUUUGCUUGAUAAUUUGGCAGGUACUGCAAAAAGAAUUUCGACAGAACAGCCACCUCCACGAUCUUGGAUUAUGUUACAAGAGCCAGACAGAACAAGGCCAACUGCCUUGUUUUCGGUCAUGUGCUACAACGUUCUCUGUGACAAGUAUGCGACCAGGCAGCUAUAUGGCUACUGCCCAUCCUGGGCCUUGAAUUGGGACUAUCGAAAAAAGGCCAUCAUGCAGGAAAUCUUGAGCUGCAACGCUGACAUCAUAAGCCUCCAGGAGGUUGAAACUGAACAGUAUUACAGUUUUUUUCUGGUAGAGCUGAAGGAACGUGGAUAUAAUGGAUUCUUUAGUCCAAAAUCCAGAGCCCGGACAAUGUCAGAACAGGAAAGAAAGCAUGUCGACGGUUGUGCAAUAUUCUUCAAAAUAGAAAAAUUCACUCUGGUUCAGAAACAUACUGUUGAAUUCAAUCAACUAGCUAUGGCAAAUUCAGAAGGGUCCGAAGCUAUGCUGAACAGAGUCAUGACAAAAGAUAACAUCGGCGUGGCAGUGCUGCUAGAACUGCGGAAGGAACUGAUUGAAAUGUCAUCCGGUAAGCCCCAGCUUGGCACGGAAAAGCAGCUUAUCCUUGUGGCUAACGCUCACAUGCACUGGGACCCCGAGUAUUCGGACGUGAAGCUGGUUCAGACGAUGAUGUUCCUCUCCGAGGUCAAGAACAUUAUCGACAAAGCCUCUCGCGGCCUGAAAUCCAGCGGUUUCGGGGAGCUGGGGACCAUCCCUCUCGUCUUGUGCGCAGAUCUCAACUCCCUGCCCGACUCGGGUGUGGUGGAAUACUUGAGCACUGGGGGUGUGGAAACAAACCACAAAGAUUUUAAAGAACUGCGAUACAACGAAAGUCUCACCAACUUCAGCUGCAAUGGGAAAAACGGAACAACGAAUGGCCGAAUCACCCACGGUUUCAAGUUGAAGAGUGCCUACGAGAAUGGCCUGAUGCCUUACACCAAUUAUACGUUUGAUUUCAAGGGUAUAAUUGAUUACAUCUUCUACUCUAAACCUCAGCUGAAUAUUUUGGGCAUUCUCGGGCCCCUGGACCCCCAUUGGCUAAUGGAGAACAAUGUUAGCGGCUGCCCGCACCCCCUCAUCCCUUCCGACCACUUCUCCCUUUUUGCACAACUGGAGCUUUUGCUGCCUUUCCUGCCCCCGGUGAACGGACUCCACCUUCCGAACAGGAGGUAGUCAAGCAAGUUCAGAGGGCGACCUCGAGGAAAGGAAUUAUACAAUAUCCCAGGUCUGAGAGGAGCGAGGUACGGCCAACCCCGGGGGUGGUUUUGGGUUUGGUUUUUUCCCUUUUCUCGGUCUUCGUUUGUGAGCGGACGACCUGACCGACGAGCCCAGCAAAAGCCAGGUGCUAUCAACAGACACACCUUUCUGAGCCCGACAUGUUUUUCUACCUUACCGUUCAGACAGGGGCGGGUGCGUUGGCGGUUCUCUUGACUUCGUCCCAAAUUACCUUCCUGUUUCUCCUCUUCAGGCCUUGAAAUAGGGACCCCUUUUCACCCGCCUCUCCUCUUUGCACAGGAACCUGUAGCAUGACUAUUUUUGGAGGCCAGUAGUAAGAGCCAGAGAUCACCCUUCCGCGUUACUUCACUCUUUCCUCCUUUUUUUUCAGAGUUGUUUGUAAAAUAGAGAAUUUGAAUUUAGCCUUUAUCGAUUGUAUAUGAACCACAGAAGACCUGAUUUAUGAAAAUUUUGUACUUUGAAAAAAAAAGAUCUGAUUUGGGAAUGUAUUGUAAACUAAGGCUAAAUUUUUUUUUAAAUCUGUUUCAUGUGUUAUAAAAGGCCAGCGUGUAAAAGAAGUUGCCACAGGCUUUCUCUGCUAACAAUUUGCACUGUUGGGCUUUUGUGAGCCCCCUCGUACCACUUUAUUUUAAACUUGAGAACAUCGCUUUUUCCAUCUAAAUCCAUUUCGAACUCGAGACCUCGGCUCUGAUGAGCGAGCCAUUUCCCCCACCCCCUUCCCGUGCAUGUUGGAAGUUAUCGCAAAAGCGCAUGGCUGAAUGGGUGAAAAGGCGAGUAGGCCUCUCUGAAAAAGCCAGGGGUGGAUGAGUGGGCCUCCUCAGACUUUUAGACCUUUAACCAUUCGGCUGAACGUUAAGGGAGACCUGGGUUCCAUCUCUCACUUAAAAUACCUUCCGACCUAUGUCCACUGUGCCUGCCUCAGUUUGUUCUCAACUCGCACUGCCUGUGCAUGCAGAGAAACUCUGUGCAUCCUCUUUUCUGUUCGUUUUUUUUAAAUACCGUUGAGACAGUUAUGAAACUUUUAUGAAGAUGCUUUUUUUUUUUGUAUAAGGCGUGGCAUUUCUUUUCCUUCGGGAAGCAUUGAAACAUCCCAGUUUUGAACCGGUCCCGAUGGCGGCCGCCAAGCCCCCGUCCCCAGGACCACGUUUUCAUUAAAGAAACACGACGCCCGCGAAUCCUUUCUGGUUCCGGGUGUCCCUCUGUCUCCGAGGAGAAGGAGGGGCCGGGGCGGUGGGUGUCUAUCUGAACAGAUGUCACGUUUUUCGGUUUUAUGAAGCAGUGGAAAUUAGGGGCCUAUUCCAGACAGAUCCCCAAAACCAUCCUUUAGAUGGUUUUAAAGUGACCAAGUCCAAUUUUAAAGUGUCAAGUAAGACGAAGAUAUUAGACCCCCCCCAACCCCCGCGUUUUGCUCCUAGUGCCAUUAGAUGAGCGCCGCAAAGCCAAAUUUUAAAAGAACUCGUGGCAGUUACCUUGUGUAUUCUCUGCCCCUCCUGGCCCCCAAAUAUUCCUUCAUCCAAAAUCAAUCAAAUGAGCUCAGAGAACAUUGGGUCCAAACUGCUUUUGUUUCAACUGCAGGCAGGGGAACAAAAGGACCCAUAUCACCUGAGCAUGAAGAGGGGAUUUUGUGGAAUUUCACAGACCCUUUUUUUAAGACAGUCAUCCCCAAAUGACAAGUCGAAAUUUUACGGCAAAAUUUCCUUGCACUUCAGUGUACAUAAGCCGUUCUCUUUUAAGAUGAAAAUAAAAUGAAAUACUGAUGAAAUCCCAAAGGGUACGUUUUAGGUUUCACCAGAAGUUUUGAUCUUGAACCCUUUUCUGGGACCUGGUUUUUUGUGGGUUGUUUUUGUUUUUUUUAAUUAUUAUUAUUUCUAGUUGUGCAAGCACCAAACAUGUCCAAUUUAUAAUCAACUCAUUGAAAUGCUGGUAGUAGUGAUGUAAUAGAUUCAAAGCGUAGCUAUUUUGGGAUUUUUUUUUAUUUUUGUUUGGUUUUUUUUUUUUGUAAAGUGUGAAUAAAAGGUGUUUACUCAUGUUUCCUGAA